AUGAAUGAUGAAAUGCGAUCCCUACAUAAGAGGCGAUUGGGUGCAAAUGGGUGUAUGCAAAGAAGAGAAUUUCCUAAUAGAGAAGAUGUUCGGCACAAGGUUAGGUUGGUAGUAAAGGGAUACGCUCAAAUGGAAGGAUUUGAUUACAGUGAAUUUUUUUCUCCUAUGUUGGGAAGAGAAAAUCUACAAGACUCAGCCAAUGAUAUAGGGUUGCUGGAAAGAAACUUGGGUUUGCAAUUGAAGAAAUCGCUAUAUAGUUUGAAGCAGUCACCAAGACAGUGGUACAAGCGAUUUGAUCAAUGUAUGGGCCAUGGGUUCACAAGGCCUGAUAUUUCCAAGCAUAGACAUUUCUGCCUCGCCAGGCUUUACGAUCACGGUCAACUGUCGCACACAACAAAUGUUGUUGGCACCGUCGGCUACAUUGCGCUCGAACUAGCUCGAACCGGCAAGGCCUCAACAAGAACAGAUGUUUAUGCAUAUGGGGUUUUACUUCUCGAAGUUGCUACAGGAAAAAGGCCACUUGAAUCAGAUAAUUUCAUACUGGUCGAUUGGGUACUGGAGUUUCAACAAUUAGGUCAAAUUCUUGAUGUCGUUGAUCCAAAGUUGGGUUCAGAUUACGCAGUUGAAGAGAUGGAGUUGAUGUUGGGACUGGGGCUACUUUGCUGCCAUCACAUUCCUGAAGCUAGGCCUACAAUGAGACAAGUUUUGCGGUAUCUAAACGGCGAUGACUUGCUUCCUUUAAUUAACUGGAGUUCUGUUAAUUCUCAACGUUCUGAAAUGAGCUCAGGAUUCCUGGAAAUUAACUCUAAAGAUUAUUCACAUAUUUCAUCCUCCAUGGGUGUCAUCUCUGCAACUUCUUUAGAUGCAGCUGGUAGAUGA